UCACUUUGUGUGAGCUCGAAUUCGGCGUAUCCGAAAAACUUCCCAAUUACGCACUCUGAUUGGCUCCAUGAAUUGAAUUAUCCGGAUUUGACCCAGAUAGGCCACUCGAUCUUGAGUAAUCUUUGAGUGCGAUGCGAGUGUUCGGCAAUCCACAUCACUUGGGGAGCAGCUCAUCAUGCACCUUCUCGGCGCACCAUCCUCAUCGUUAUACCGCCAGUCGCUUGACCUCGGUGGAGAGCAUCCAUAUUGACGGAAAGUUGGACGAGGACGCUUGGACAUCAGCUCCGUGGACUGUCCCGUUCACCGACAUCAUCGGGCCGCGCCAUUGGAGUCAGCCGUGGUUUAAGACCCAGGUCAAGAUGCGCUACGACGACACAUUCCUGUACGUUGGCGCGUACGUGGAAGACACGGACGUGUGGGCGACCCUCACAAAGCGCAACUCGGUCGUGUUCAAUGACAACGACUUUGAGAUCUUUGUCGACCCCGUUGGGACCACGCACAACUACAAGGAGUUCGAAGUCAACGCCAUCAACACGACGUGGAAUCUGCUGCUGAACAAGCCGUACCGCGAUGGGGGCGGGGAAAACUCCACGCGAGUGGACCCAGUCCACGGCUUCGACAUGGUGCCCCUCGGACUCCGCAGUGCCGUGUACGUCAAAGGCCGCGCAAACGACCCGAACCAACAUGUACAUUUUUGGACGGUCGAAGUCGCUUUGCCGCUGGCGGCGUUGGCGUGGAAGACGACGGCAGUCGUGCCGCCGCGACCAGGGUCGUCCUGGCGCAUCAACUUUUCCCGCGUCGAAUGGGUCGUGGAAGUGGUCAACGGGCGAUACGAAAAGAUGAAAGACCUCCCCGAGGAGAAUUGGGUGUGGAGUCCCCAAGGUCAAGUCGCCAUGCACAUGCCAGAACGGUGGGGAUACCUCCGCUUCGUCCAAGCAGACCACAUCGAAGAUGCAAAUGAACGAGACGAUCCUGAAUUCCCCGCGAGGUACCAAGCGUUUGCCAUCUACUACGCCCAAAAGGCCUACCGACUGAAGCACAAGCGAUAUGCCGACACCAUCGCCGACCUCUUGCCGUGGAUUGCCGACAAGCACGUCGUGUCCUGCCUGCAUGUGACGUACAUGAACGUGACUGCCGAUGGAUUCUUCGCUGGGGCGUCGGCGUUUGGAUACACGGCGCACAUCCGAUACGACUCGUUCAUUCAUGUGUCGUCAACCAACGAUGCGGAUGAGGUAGCGUUAGUAUAGGUGUGGAGGAGUAACGUACAUGCAGCAUUCGUGAGUGAGACAAACGUACCAGAUCGCUCCGUGCAUCCCGCAUGCAUGGGCCACUACAGGAAGACGACCUACAGGUCUGUGCCCAUCACGCCUGUGAGUUCUGAAAUGGGUUAAUAACACACGUAUUUUACGAC